CUCUCGAGGAAUCGAUAUAGAACGGUAAAGGAUUCUUGGAAUUCUCAAUUUUAUCUUCUUUAUUUGUAUAUAGAGCCGGGGAAUCAUACCGACAUGUUCGCCCUCGCACUCACCGCAGAGCUUUCGGGCGUCACCAAUUUGCGCCCUGACGAUUCUGAGGAGAACCCGUUCUGGUACAUGUUCAAGGUGCAGUGCACUUCUUGCAGAGAGACCCACGACAACUAUGUCGGGGUAAACCGCUUCGAGCUCAACGAGAUGAGUGGCAGCCGAGGGGAAGCCAAUUUUGUCUGGAGAUGCAAAAACUGCAAGCGAGAAUCAUCUGCGUCGAUCAAGGCUGCUCCAGCAGCCUAUGAACAAGGCGAACCACCCAAGGCGCAGAAACUGAUCGAGUUUGACUGCAGAGGCCUGGAAUUUGUAGAGUUCAAGCCAGAGGGUGAUUGGCUUGCCGACGGAAUUGAUUCCGGCACCAAGUUUACCGCAGUCGACUUGACAGAUGGAGAAUGGUUUGACUACGACGAAAAGGCAGGAGAGGAAGUAAGCAUAAAGGAGCUGACAUGGGAGAUUAAGAGGGCAUAACGUGUAAAAAAUAAUUAAAAGAAAUAGAAGGCUUCAUCUGUUGUCAU